AUGUUGAUGUUGAUUACCAAAUGAACAUUAAAGAUAAUUCAAUUGAUGAAAAUUUUGACAUGUUUCAUGAAGCUAUCAUGAAAGCGCUCGAUGAUAAAAGAAGAUGCACAGAACCUUGUGACUGGUGUGGAGCUUUAUGUUGGGGAGGAAGAGGCCAUCAUGAAAAUAGCGGAGAAACAAACAUGCAUCAUACUAGCCAUCAACCAGGAGGCCUUAAAGGGACACGAUGUUUACACACAAAAAAGUUAAAUGCGAUAGCCUGCCAUAAACGUCCAAAUGAAAGUGGAGUGCAAUAUUAUAUCAAGGAAGAGCAAAAAAAUCUAAAAUGGGAUGAAGCAAAAUCUAUUGACUAUAAAAAUUGGAAAUUUGAACCGCAUUAUAUAACUAAUUUUAAUGAAAUUAUGUGUUGGUUUUUUGAACAGUUGAAUAAAGAUCUGGCUAAAACGUUUGGAUGUAAUCCAGCAGAUGAGUCAGAAUUAAAAAAAUAUGGUUGCUUAAAAAAAGAUUACAAUGACAUAAUCAGUGUAUUACAUCAUUGCCUUGAAAAUAAUAAGUGA